CUGUGGGGGCGGGCAGUGCUCAGCGUCGCGUUGCGUGGGGGGGCGCGUUCGCCGCGGGUUGUGUAUAGUUCUCAUCCGCUGAUAAAACUGGCGGCGGCGAGUUCUCUCAUUGGUAUAUUGGUUAGCCAGGACUGGAAAUCGUGAGACUGAGCGGUGUCCAGUUUGUGUGGAUCAUCAUUCUCAUCAUUUACCUGUAAAAGUUGACGUCAAGAUGAGGGUCACAAGGUGUCUGAGGAACGUGAAGCAGAUGUUAGAGUACUACUCAGGGUUUAACCCAUCACCGUUAUCCAUCAAGCAAUUUAUUGACUUCGGAAAAACAGCCACAGAACAGCAGAGUUUUAUGUUUCUGCGGCAAGAAGUUCCUGUGCGCCUGGCCAACAUCAUGCGUGAGAUCCAGCUACUGCCAGAAAGUCUUCUGUUACAACCUUCUUGCCGCAUGGUUUGCGACUGGUACAUGCAGAGCUUUGAUGAAAUUCUGGUGUUUGAGAAGAUGGAUCCACCUAAUUCCACAGUACUUGAUGACUUCUGUGACACCCUGGUCAAGAUCCGGAACCGCCACAGCAGUGUCGUGCAAACAAUGGCAGAGGGCGUGAUCGAAAUGAAGCAGAGCGUCAAAGUUGACACAUCCACUGAAAACAACAUCCAAUACUUCCUGGACAGGUUCUACAUGAGCCGCAUCAGCAUUCGGAUGCUGAUCAACCAGCACACGCUGCUGUUCGAAAAACAAGCCAGUAAGAAAAACCAAGAGCAGGUCGGCUGCAUCGACCCGUACUGCGAGGUAGUGACGGUGAUCGAGGACGCGGCGGCCAACGCACGCUUCCUCUGCGACCGCUACUACCUGGCCUCGCCCGAGAUCAAGAUCUCCGAGGCGAACGCGGUGGCGGCCGAGCCCAACCCCAGCGGCGCCGCGGGCGGCGGUAAGAGCGCGCCCAUCCAGCUGGUGUACGUGCCGUCCCAUCUGUACCAUAUCUUGUUCGAGCUGCUGAAGAACGCCAUGCGCGCUGUGGUGGAGCACCAUCCGGACACGGGGGACUUCCCGCCCAUCGAGCUGCUCGUGGCCAACGGACAUGAGGACCUCACCAUCAAGGUGUCGGACCAGGGCGGCGGUGUGCCGCGCAGCGUCAGCGACCUGCUCUUCCAGUACAUGUAUUCCACGGCGCCCAAGCCGUCCGUGGCCGGUGACGCCCCGCCGCUGGCAGGCUAUGGGUACGGCUUGCCCCUGUCUCGGCUGUACGCCCGCUAUUUCCAAGGUGACCUGAUCGUCAACUCGUACGAGGGCUACGGAACGGACGCCAUCAUUUACCUCAAGGCCCUGGCCAAGGACGCCAACGAGGUGUUGCCAGUGUUCAACAAGUCCUGCGAGCGUCACUACCAGAGCACGCAGCGCGCGCCCGACUGGUCGUCGCACGUGAUCGGUGCCAACUCGGGGGGCGCCGGCGUCCGCAACCUCCGCACCUGGUCGGCCGGAGCGCAUUGACGUCAUGGUCCUAGCGAGCUGCUGAUGUCACGGCCCUAGUGAGACGCUGGCGUCACUGACCUAGUGAACCGCUGACGUCGCGGUCCAAGUGAGCCACUGACGUCACUGUCGUAGUAAGCCGCUGGUGUCACGGCCCUAGUGAGCCACCGAUGUCGCGGCUCUAGUGAGCCGCUGACAUCACGGCCCUAGUGAACCGCUGACGUCACGGCCCUAGUGAGCCGCUGACAUCACGGCCCUAGUGAACCGCUGACGUCACGGCCCUAGUGAACCGCUGACGUCGCGGCCCUAAUGAGCCACUGACGUCACGGUCCUAGUGAGGCGCUGACGUCACGGCCCUAGUGAGCAUAUGACGUCCCCCGGACGGAGAGCCGGGACGCUGCGACUGCGGCUGCGGCUGGGGGGCGGCGGGACGUCUGGCCGCCGUAGCCAGGUGUGGGUCAGCCGGCGCCUCCUGGCGUGCCAGGGGCAGACCUGGUGUGGGGUGCGGACGGUGUGCGGGACAGCGGUGGAGUGUUGGGUGACCUCGGACGGCACGGCGGGACCGGCUGGCUGCUUGCGGCCGGCCGGACCGAUGCCGGUAACGCGCCAAACGCAAGCCACGAGCGGAACAGCUGGCGGGGCUCGUGGAGAGGCCAGCUGGCCCGCACCCGAGAGGCGCCAGUUUUUCCUGGGCCAGUGUAGGCGGCGUCAUCUUGUGCUACUGUGGUGACGUCAGAGUAGGUCAAGUUUUGUGUUGCCGAGUGGUUAUUGAUGUCGUUAGCUGAGGCAUUGUCUCACGUUGUAUAGUGAACACGGAGUACAAACUACUUCUGGACAGACCAUAGGCGCUGUAAUCUCGGCUCGCAAAAGACGUGCGAACAGGGUCAGUAUUAGAGGAGAGCUCGUGCCCUGCUGUGGUCUGUUCAUCACAAAACAGCGGUGUUACGGUCGCUGAAAGGCGACAAGUACCAUUGGACAGGGCUAGUGGUAGAUAUCGUUACGUGGUGGUGGGCAGUGACCUGGAGCUCAUGUACACGCCGCGGCAUUGGGCAAGUGCUUAUGUCGUGCAGUGGCAAUGUUCUGUUGCGAUACGGUAACGUCCCAGGCAGGACAGUCAGGAUCAUGUUCUCGCUCGAUUUGGUUUUAUUGUGUAAAGGGAAACCACUCGAACCUCCUCAUGAAACAUAGUCAGUUGUGUCCCUUCGUCGAUUCGCUGUGUCGUAUUCGCGGAGUUCUUGUGCUUCAGUGUCUGUUAGAGGGAUGAGGAAAAACGAUGGUUUGCUUGUCUUUGCAUUGUGAAGCUAUCGCUUGUAAAAUUGCCAGACCUUUUCGAAUGAUCACUGUCAGAACAUCAACUGCAUCAAAUCAAGUGCUUGUACUACAAUUACGGGGCUCAUUUUGAAUUGAAUGCUGCCGUGAGAUUACUGCUUGGUUAAGCAAAUGUUGCUGGCUACUUUCUAUGGUGAUUUGCUGCAGAAGCCCCAAAGCUGCCUUACAUAAUUUAACGAAACUUGGAAUUGAUUUCUCCCCACAAAAAUGUGCGAACAAUCAUUGUAGCAAGUCGCUUUGGAUGCCGAAGUACGGAAUGUGUUUCAUUGGAGUGCUUAUCUAAAUUUACAUUGCUGAUGGUUAGUGGCUAUCUGAGGUUAUGGUGACAUCUCUAUAUUGUUGACGCAGAUGUGCGGGCUUCCGGCGGCCUCCUGGGAAAGUUUUUUAUUGUCAGCUCGGUUGGCCUUCAGUAUUUACUAGGUUUGAGAUGCGUUUUUUUAUUUAAGGAAACUUUUAGUGCAAGAGGUGUAUUUUUGCAGGGACGCGAAAUGCAUUUGACUGAUAUAUAGUAUACGACAUGGUCCUAACGGCGAGUGUUCGAUGGAAGUGCCUUGAGGCUAUGUAUUCGUAAAUACCACUUCGAUAAUAGUGAUACCCAACCUGAGGCCAUGUACUUCUCUCAUAGGUAUUUUCUGAACUAUCUUCACAAGGUUGUAUCCUGUGCCAUCUUUUUACCCCGCAAAGUGGUCACCAUCGUGGAAUUGCUUUUCGAUGCUGGUGCUGUGAACGACAUGGCUGACAAAACGAGGUGGCCGUAUUACAUUUGCGGGAUGUGGCGGUGAACAUUAUGAUGGGGCAGGGUGUUUGGAGAAGGCCACAUUGUGACACACUGACUAGCAAUGCAGAUGACGUGUUUUCUUCCGUGUUAUGUGUACAAGCUGUGUUACAAUAAAUAUGAAAUGUGAAAUA